CACACACACAGGUCAGGUGUGGCGAUGAUGGCAGCGGCUUCUCCUCCUCCUCCUCCUCUUCUUCUUCUUCUCCUGUGUGUGUGUGCUGUGUUCGCUGAUGUGCCUAUAGGAACUCACCCUGAGCAGGUGCACAUCUCCUAUCCAGGUGUGCAGAACUCUAUGCUGGUGACCUGGUCAAGCGCUAAUAAGACUGACAGUGUGGUUGAAUAUGGGUUAUGGGGAGGAAAACUCUUCAGUCACUCGGCGACGGGAAACAGCAGCAUCUUCAUUAAUGAAGGAGCGGAAUACAGAGUCAUGUACAUCCACCGCGUCCUGCUGACUGAUCUGAGACCUGCAGCCUCAUACGUGUAUCACUGUGGCAGCGGUGCGGGCUGGAGCGAGCUCUUCUUCUUCACGGCUCUGAAUGAGAGUGUGUUCUUCAGCCCCAGGUUUGCUCUGUUUGGAGAUCUGGGGAAUGAGAACCCGCAGUCUCUGAGCCGCCUGCAGAAGGAGACGCAGAUCGGCACGUAUGACGUCAUUCUGCACAUCGGGGAUUUCGCUUAUGACUUGUAUGAGGAUAACGGGCGUAUCGGUGAUGAGUUCAUGAAGCAGAUUCAGUCCAUCGCUGCUUAUGUGCCGUACAUGACCUGUCCUGGGAACCACGAGUGGGCUUUUAAUUUCUCUCAGUACAGGGCCCGCUUCAGUAUGCCUGGAGACACCGAGGGCCUGUGGUACAGCUGGAACGUGGGUCCGGCUCACAUCAUCUCCUUCUCCACUGAGGUCUAUUUCUAUUAUCUGGAAUACGGCCUGGAUCUGCUCUUCAGACAGUACGAGUGGCUGCGCGCAGAUCUACAGGAGGCGAAUCGUCCAGAGAAUCGAGCUGAGCGUCCGUGGAUCAUCACGAUGGGACACAGACCCAUGUACUGCUCUAAUGACGAUGAUGACGACUGCACUCACUUCCAAAGCUAUGUGCGACUCGGACGCAACGACACCAAGCCUCCUGCUCCUGGACUGGAGGAGUUAUUCUAUCAGUACGGAGUGGAUCUGGAGCUCUGGGCUCAUGAACACACAUAUGAGAGACUCUGGCCUGUGUAUGAUUACAAGGUGUUUAACGGGAGCUCUGAAGAGCCGUAUGUGAACCCUAAAGCACCAGUGCACAUCAUCACCGGUUCAGCUGGAUGUCGAGAGAAACACGACGGCUUCAUCCCGAAACCUCGCGACUGGAGCGCGUUCAGAAGCACAGAUUACGGAUACACACGUCUGCAGCUGAUCAACAACACACACCUGUACCUGGAGCAGGUGUCGGACGACCAGGUGAAGCUGAUCGAUACACACACUUACACACAAACACACACAAACUGACACUUAAAUAAAAACACACAUAUAAACACAUACACAUGCAAACACACACAUGCACUCACAGUCUAUAGACACAUAAACACACUCACUCAAACAGACACAAAUCUACAACAAACACAACGCUCACAAACACACACAUACACACUACAAACAAACCAACAAAGGCACUACAGAAAAACACACACUCGCUCUCUCAGGGAAACACACUCUCUCCCACCUACAAUGAGAUGCACUUUAAUCACACAAAUGACACACACACACACACACACACAUUCACAGUCUGCCAUGGACUGAUGAACACACUUCUCUUCCUUCUGCUGAUGCACACACUGUAUUAAUGAGAUGAGUAAUACUGGCUUUAAUAUACCUUUAAUAAAAUCAACAACACUUGGUUCCAAACCCCCCCGGUUUUGGCAGCUGAGCUGAACCAGACGGUGAUAGAAGUGCAAUAAUAUUAACAGUACUGUGAAAAAUAACAUAAAUCAUAACAUAAUUAUUGAUAACAAAGUGAAUAUCAGUAAAUCAAAUGAUGAGAAAGUCAGACAUUUUAGAUUUUUUUUAAUUAAAUUCAAGUUUUACAAAUAAACCUGAACUGAAUCAAUUGUGCUGCUUUUCACAAUAAUUAUCAUCUAAAAUCAGCUUUUACAAAAAAUAAAUAAUUAACUCUGCAUUUUGUGCAUGUUUACGGGGAGAAAGAGCUCUGCAAUACUUUUUUAUUUUAAGCUAAUUAUGAAGUAUUUAGUGCACAGAAUAAGAGAAGAUUUGCUGAAAAUCAAGUUUGGAUACAGGAGCAGGUGCCGUCAGCGUUUAUUGUGUGUAAUCGUGUGUGUUUAGAUGUCCAGCAGGGUUUGAAACCAAGUUAUAUAUAUAUAUAGUUGAAGUCAGAAUUAUUAGCUGCUCUAUAAUCUGCUCUCCGUUAAACAGAAAUUGGGGAAAAAAUAAAUAAACAGGGCAAAUAAUUCUAAAUCAACUGUAUGUAUGUAUGUAUGUAUGUAUAUAUGUGUGUGUGUGUGUGUGUAUAUAUAUAUAUAUAUAUAUAUAUAUAUAUAUAUAUAUAUAUAUA